AGAUUUCACUUUUGAAACCCACAUUUCUAGUUUCCCUUUUUCUCACUAACUUUCUCUCUCUAAAGUUCAAACCACAGUAAAUUUACCACAGUACCCACUCUCCUUUAAUUCAGUGCUUCAACAUUCUAUUUUCCCUCUCUACAUUUCCCCAUUCAAAAGUCAAUUCAAAUCCUUAAUAUUUCACAGAUUUAAUGCAUUCUCCUUCUAUUUAACACUAUUGGGUACUUAAAUCUCCAUUUAUUUUUUCAUUUCAAGGAUCUUGAAGAAAUGGGGAAGGCUACAAGGUGGUUAAAGGGCUUAUUUGGUACCAAAAAAGGUGACAUUAAUGGUGAUUCUUUAAGCUCAGCUUCAAAUGACAAAAAAGAGAAAAAAAGAUGGAGUUUUGCCAAAUCAGCAAGAGAUAAUAAUAAUAAUAAUAAUAAUGAUGAUAAUGGUAAUGAAAAUGUGAUUCCAAAAGACUCUGCAUGGCUCAGAUCGUAUUAUUCUGAGACUGAAAGAGAGCAGAAUAAGCAUGCAAUAGCGGUGGCUGCUGCCACUGCCGCCGCCGCUGAUGCGGCGGUGGCUGCAGCUCAGGCGGCUGUUGCGGUGGUGAGACUGACUAGUAAUGGUAGAGGGAGUUUGUUUGGUGGUGGUGGGAGGGAAAAGCUGGCUGCAAUCAAGAUUCAAACUGUGUUUAGAGGCUAUUUGGCUCGAAAAGCUCUUCGAGCUUUGAAACGACUCGUAAAAAUACAGGCGCUUGUUCGCGGCUAUCUGGUCAGGAAGAGGGCUGCAGCCACUCUUCACAGUAUGCAAGCUCUUAUGAGAGCUCAAACUGCUGUUCGUACAGAGCGUGCUCGUCGUUCUGUUAACAAAGAGAACCGAUUUCACCCUCAAAAUCGACCACGAAAAUCCAUUGAAGGAUUUGAUGAUACGAGAGGCGAAUUCCACAGCAAGAGGCUGUCUACAUCUUAUGAUAUGAAUGCUUUCGACGAAAGCCCCAAAAUAGUGGAAAUCGAUACUUGCAGGCCGCGAUCAAGAUCUCGUAGAAUAACUUCUGCAUUAUCAGAAUACAGUGAAGAAUUCCCAAUCUCGUCGCCUCUUCCGUGUCCCAUUCCAGCUCAAAUCACCAUUCCCGACUGCAAAAAUCGUCAAGAUUUCGAUUGGUACUUCGCUGGCGAAGAAUACAACUUUCCUACCGCACAUAGCACCCCGAGAUUCGCAAAGUCUGUUCGGUCCAAUGUGCCAGUUACACCAGCCAAGAGUGUUUGCGGAGAUAGCUACUUUAGACCUUACUCAAACCACCCAAAUUAUAUGUCAAAUACAAAAUCCUUCAAGGCUAAAUUAAGGUGUCACAGUGCUCCGAAGCAACGGCCGGAGGCAGGGCCGCCGAGGAAGCGGCUGUCGCUUAAUGAAAUAAUGGCAGCAAGAAACAGCAUAAGUAGUGUUAAAAUGCAGAGGUCAUAUUCCCAAUUUGAUGAAGAUUUUGCUAUUUGAUAUGUAGAAUUUGAAGUAAACACAAAUUUGCUAAGUUUUUGUGUAUAUUCUUUUGAAUUGUUCAUGUUUUUAUGCCUUAGCAAUGAAAUGUGAACGUUUUUUGAUA